AAAAUAGUUGUUUUAAUGGUUAUAGAGUCAGAUGAGAUAGAUACUGCAUAAUAAAUUCCAUUUGGGAUUAAUAAAGUAUUAUUGAAUUUAAUUAGUGAGUCAUCUCUGUGAUCUGCUCUAAAAUGAUCCUAUUACAUCACGGUAGGUAAUGAAGGUUCUGAAACAGUUCAGAUCUUUGAAUUUCUCCCAGAGCUUUGAUUAUUUGGUUGAUGAACAGGAGGCCCAGAGUGACUCUGGAGGAGCUGCAGAGAUCCACAGCUCAGGAGGGAGGAUGUGUUACAGAUAGAACCAUCAGAGAGAUGAAAAGGUUUAAAUCUAACCUGUUUUCAGGAAACUAUCAGCUGAUUUUUCCAUUUGAACCAAUCCUAGCGGCUCCUGGAGAUGAUGUCAUCCUUCCAUGUCGGGUGGAUCCUUACUGGAACGCCAUGGAGAAGACGGUGGAGUGGUCCAGACCGGACCUGAAGGCCUCAGACCCACAGAAGCGUGUGGAGUACGUGUACGUGCACCGGUUCAGGAAGAUGGACAGAGACAUGAUGAUGGAGACGUACAUCCAGAGGACGUCUUUGUCGGAAGGACUGAGACAUGGAGACGUGUCUCUGAGGAUCCACAACGUGAGCUUGGAGGAUAACGGGAGGUUCAGGUGUUUCAUCCCAAGCCUGAGCAGAGAAGACGGUGGAGUGGUCCAGACCAACUACUGAUAUUUAUCUUAGGUCAUAGUUUGUUUUUUAGGAAAGUUUCCUUCAGAGAUCUGAUAAUGAUCCAUGUAGAGGAUCAUUUUAAUUUGUGUUUUAUGGUUUUGAGAAACUGUUGGUUGUUCUCCUCUGUUUAUCAUUUUAUUUCUUGUCAGUUACUGUGUUUCCUUUCUGCUGCUACAAAGGGAACCUCUACAUAAAACUAGGA